CAGUUUUGUCGUCUAGCAAAUAGCAAUCACUCCAAAGAAUACAUAAAUAAUCCACAAUUCAUCUCUUUAUUCCAUCGUUACAAAGCUAUAAAUCCAAAAUGAGCUUCGAUCAAUCCUCAAAUAGUAACAGUACAUCUGACAAGCCGGAUAGAAAGGUGCUAGACCGCAGCAAAACUGACGACUUGCAAAUUUCGCGAACAGACAUGAAUAUGUUGAUUAUGAAUUAUUUAGUCACAGAGGGCUUCAAGGAGGCGGCACUAAAAUUCCAACAAGAGGCCGGACUGCAGGAGCCUGCUCUGUGCAGCUCACUGGACGAGCGCAUCAUGAUCCGCGAGGCUGUGCAGAGCGGCCGCAUCCCGGACGCCAUUGCCAUGGUCAACUCCCUGCACCCGGAGCUGCUGGACAAUGAUAGAUACUUGUACUUCCAUUUGCAGCAACUGCAACUCCUGGAGCUAAUCCGCGCCGGGCGUGCCGAAGAGGCUUUAUCGUUCGCAUCGGCUACGUUAGCGGAGGCAGGCGCCAACGACCGCACGGCGCUCACCGAAUUGGAGCGCUCACUCGCGCUGCUCGCGUUUCCAGAUCCUCAUGCGUCGCCGUUCGCUGACCUGCUGCUGCCGUCCCACAGUCAGAAGAUUGCCAGCGAGCUGAACGCAGCCAUACUAAAGAUGGAAAAUCAAGAAUACACCAACCCCAAGCUAUGCAGCCUUCUGCGCAUGAUUCUCUGGUCCCAGAGCGAGUUAGACAAGCACAACAUCAAGUAUCCAAAGAUGACAGACCUAGCCAAUGCCACUAUAGAGAACCCAAGUUUUAAGUAAGUUUCAAUGUGGUUUAUUUAUAAAUAAGUAUUUGUUUUACUACCAUUGUAAUUAUGACAAUACUCUUUAUUGCACA